AUGGCGGCGAAUACGAUGAAGAGAGCAACCAGCGUGCUAGGUGGGGUCUCAAGUAGAGACUACGCCGCAGCGAAGGAGCUUGUGACAGCAGCGAAGUUGGGUAGUCACUUGACGGCCGAAGAAUGCAACGACGUCAUGUCCAUAGUGGAAGGAGCAGAGCGUAGUGGGGUGUGGCCGGUCGUGGAGACGGAACGCCACCAGUAUAUGGUUCUCGACAUGCGGAGUCGAACGACGGAGCUCGACUGGGGUUCUGUCAAGUUCGACCAAGUUUCAGAAGGGGAGGCGUCUCGGAGGAUGACAUCUUCGAGGCACUUCAUGUGCAAGGCCGUGAAGGGAGAGGCCUGCACGGAAAACAAGAACAAGAAACGCGCAAGGUGCGCGCACACCCUGGUCGUUGCUGUCUUUUCCCGCAUUGGGUUGGAUUCGACGGCGUCGAGUACCGGAGAGGGCGGAGCAGCAGCGGGUGCUUCUUCGGGUGGCUCUGCGUUGCCGCGUACUCCACAGGUGUUUCUCGACAGCGACGCUGAAUCAUACUGCUCAAAACUGGCGGACAUGCUUACCUACAUGCGGCGGUUAGCUCUUCCACCUACCGCUCCGUCCGGACUUGCCCGACUCUCUGAGACACCGGCGAGAAGGUUGGUGGUCUCUCAAACGAAGUGCACCUGCGGGGGUGAGCUCCUUCCCGAGGCCGACGUCAAUGCGACGCUUGUGACAGAGAUACGCCAAGGAGCACAAGAAUAG